UUCCACUAGUACGAUGUCGCACCAAGACAACAACUACAACCUGGAUUUAAAGCCACCGUCGCCCGAAAUCCUCCAAUGGGCUAAAGAAAACAUAGGUGAAGACCCGGAAACCAGGAACGAGGUUAUUUCAAAACUAAGAAACAUCAUUUUUGAGAGACAGGAAUGCACACCGCAUCGUACCGACGACGUGUUCCUUCUUCGUUUCUUGAGGUCUUGUAAAUUCGACCCGGAAGCUACCCACUCUUUGAUCGUAGAGUACUACAACUUUAAGAAAAACAAUCCGCAGUUUUUUGUGAACGUGAAUCUGGAAAAAUUGACUGGGUUGUUAACCGAUGGGGUUAUUUCAACGCCACCGUACUACGAAGGGUCCGGCAGGAGAAUGGUGAUCCACAGAAUGGGUAAAUGGGAUCCGGAAAAGUACUCUUUGGAUGAAGUUUAUCAAUUCAAUAUAGCUAUAAUGGAAAUGGGGAUACUGGAACCACAGGGACAAAUUCUAGGCAGCAUUGCCAUCUUCGACUUUGAGGAUUAUUCUCUUCAGCAGGCGUGGUACUUCACACCCAGCUACGCCUACAAAUCAAUACAAAUCCUGACGAAAGCAUUCCCUAUGAAGGUCCACGCCAUACAUAUCGUCAACGAGUCUUACAUUUUUGACAUUAUAUUCAACGUGGUCAAACCUUUCUUGAGUACCUCGGUUCUGGAAAAAAUAUUUUUCCAUGGAAGCGAUUUGGAAAGUCUUCACAAGCACAUAGCACCUGAGUAUUUACCCCCUAGGUAUGGAGGGACACGACCUCAACACAGCAUCGAGAACUGGAUUUCCAUCUGGAGAAACAAUCAAGUCGUUUUUCAAGAAUUGAAAGAUCUUGGAUACGAAUUCUCCGAAAAUGAAGACGCUAAUGAUGUUUAAAUAAGUUAGUUGGGUCAAUAAAG